AUUUUCAAUUUCCUUUGCGUUCAGUUUUCUAGUUUGUAUCAGGAAAACAUAAUACAGACUGUCACAAUAAGUCACAAUACACACCGCGACAAACGCCCUCCUGAGCAACGAAAUUACAAAUGCCCAGUACAAUUCUGCACAGACUGCACAGAAAUAUGACAGCCAGCACUUACAGCAAACUGGCGGACGAGAGCACUAACAGAACUAUGGAUAUUGUAAAAACACGUUUUAUUUUUUCAAUCAACGCACAUCUUUUUAAAAAAAAUAAAUAAAUAAUAUGACGGGCGAAGUGUCGUACAACUUAACACAACAGGAUAAUAACGCCUAUGGUUUGUUAUAAUAUUAUUAUUAGUCUACACGCGACGAUCUCGUAUGAUCAGGUGAAUUUCCUCUUUUUUACAGCAGGGUUCGCCGUGAUUGCGCUGCAGUUGUUUGCUGAAUAGGAUUGUGUAAACAGAUCGGGCUGCUUAGAAAGAAAAAAUAAUUGAAAAAAAAAAAAAAAAAAGUUUGGCUACAGCGCUAAGUAGAAGUCAGCGCUAUGGCCGAUCGGGACCAUAACAAGAGAAUUCUUCUGGAGCUUUUGAAACGCCCAGGCAAUGCCAACUGUGCCGACUGUGGAGCCCCGGACCCAGACUGGGCCUCAUAUAAGCUCGGAGUGUUCAUUUGUCUGAACUGUUCCGGAAUCCACCGCAACCUCACGGAGAUCAGCCGAGUGAAAUCGAUCCGACUCGACUUUUGGGAUGAUGACUUGGUUGAGUUUAUGAAAGCUAAUGGCAAUGCUGUGGCCAAGGAGAGAUAUGAGAAGAACGUCCCAGCUUUCUUCUACAGACCUCAAGCCACUGACUGCGCAGUUUUAAGGGAACAGUGGAUAAGAGCCAAAUAUGAACGGCAGGAGUUCAGUGGCAACAACGAGGAUCCCCGGGACAUGAACUGCUCUGGUUGCCAUGAAGGGUUUCUUUGGAAAAGGGGAAAGGACAACAGAGAGUUUUUGAAAAGAAAAUUUAUUCUUUCAGAGAAGGAUUUUACACUGAUGUACUACACCAAACAAGUGUCCAAAGGUCCCAAGGCUGUGAUCUCUAUCAAGGAUUUGAACGCCACAUUUCAGCCAGAGAAAAUCAAGCACCCCCACGGGCUGCAGAUCACCUACCUGAAAGAGGAUCACACGAGGAGCAUCUUUGUGUAUCAUGAAGGAACGCAGGAAAUCGUGAGCUGGUUCAAUGCAAUCAGAGCAGCACGCUUCUCAUAUCUGAAAACCGCUUUCCCCACUGCCAGCGACUCGGAGCUUGUCCCGUGGAUAACAAGGAAUUAUUUAAAAGAAGGAUAUAUGGAAAAGACUGGUCCAAUGCAAAGGGAACCCUUCAAGAAACGAUGGUUCAUUCUGGAUUCCCAGGACAGGAAGCUGCUCUACUUCAAGGACCCUUUGGAUGCGGUGGAGAAAGGUGCCAUUUUCAUUGGGAACAAGGAGCACGGAUACAAGGUGACGAAUAUCCUGCCCCAAGGUAUCCGGGGAAGCCGCUGGAAAUGUGGCAUCACCGUGGAAACCCCAGAGCGGCAGUUCAUCUUCACUUGUGAGAACGAGAGGGAGCACCGCGAGUGGAUGGAGGCUCUGAACCAAGUCAUCUCCAAGCCCAUGUCCCCACAGGACUAUACGAUGGAAGCCAACGUCCGACGAAGGCGAUGACAUAGGAGGUGCAGCAGCUGAUAUUUCUGAAGAGCCGGACCUGGAGCUCUGCAGCCCCGGGGGACCUUAAACCAGGGGAUCCCCAGUAACCCGAACCCUAACCCUUAACACACCAGGGGAUCCCCACUAAACCGAACCCUAACCCUUAACAAACCAGGGGAUCCCCACCAAACCAAACCCUAACCCUUAACAAACCAGGGGAUCCCCACUAAACCAAACCCUAACCCUUAACAAACCAGGGGAUUCCCACUAGCCUGUGAAGCAGCAGGGGAACCCCAGGAGACCAUCAAAGGGACUCUGAACCAGCUGAGCUGCCAACAGGGGCACUGCCAGGGGCCCUCUCUGUGGUUAACAUCUCACAUGUCGAUGAGCUGAAAAUCAAUCUUGUGCUGAAACAGGAUUUCAACCCCAACCUACUUGUAAAAAAAGACCUGUCCAUAACUUUCACCCUUGCAGUGGCCACUGUUUCCCCUUCAUUCUAACCGCUUUGUGUUAGCAGAAGAGGCUGUAAGUCUACGUGAACUUGGAGGACUUGAAAUGAGAUUUCUAUUUAUUCCAUAAAAUUAAUAAAUGAAUAAAGGGUUGAUAUAAA